GAUCCCGAGAGGGGCCACGCGCCGCCGCCGCCACCGGGGCCGCUUCAUAACGCGCCGUGCGUGACGUGAGGGGCUCCUGUGGCCAUGGCGAGCUAAGCCGGAGGAUGUGCAGCUGCAGCGGCGGAGCCGGCCACGAAGAGGACUGGGGCGGGCGCCGCGCGAGCCGAGCCGAGCCAGCCGGGGGACGCGACCCGGGCGCGCCGGGCGGGCCGGGGGCCUGGACUCGGCUGCCACUGCCGUCGCCGUCGCGCUGGCCCCGCGCCCCCCGCGCGCCAGCGGGAGGAGCCGUCGCGACCGCCGCCUCGCGCCCGAGCCGCCGCCGGCGCGCGCCGGGCAUGGUCCGCGCUUAAAGGCGCAGGCCGCGGCGGUGUGGGCGGGCGCGCGGAACAAAGCGCCGGCGCGGGGCCUGCGGGCGGCUCGGGGGCCGCGAUGGGUGCGGCGGGCCCGCGGCGGCCGCGGCGCUGCCCGGGCCGGGCUUCGCGCCGCUAGGACGGGCCGGCCUCCGCGGGCGGGGGCGGCGGGCUGAGGGCGCGGAGCCUGCGGCGGGGCUGCCCGGCGGGCGGAGCGGCGGGGGCAUGGCCGCGCGGGGCCGGCGCGCCUGGCUCAGCGUGCUGCUCGGGCUCGUGCUGGGCUUCGUGCUGGCCUCGCGCCUCGUGCUGCCCCGCGCCUCCGAGCUGAAGCGCGCGGGCCCGCGGCGCCGCGCCAACCCCGAGCGCUGCGGGCCGGGCCGGGCGGCGGCGCCUCAGGCCGGCGGGACGCGGGGCGAUGCGCGCGGGGCGCCGCCCUGGCCGCAGGGGCCCGCGCGGGAGGGGGCCCCGCGCGACAGCAACUUCCUCUUCGUGGGAGUCAUGACCGCCCAGAAGUACCUGCAGACCCGCGCCGUGGCCGCCUACAGGACGUGGUCCAAGACAAUCCCUGGGAAAGUGGAAUUCUUCUCCAGCGAAGGCUCCGACACCUCGAUCCCCAUCCCCAUCGUGCCCCUGCAGGGUGUGGACGACUCCUACCCGCCCCAGAAGAAGUCCUUCAUGAUGCUCAAGUACAUGCACGACCACUACCUGGACAAGUACGAAUGGUUUAUGAGAGCCGAUGACGAUGUCUACAUCAAAGGGGACCGGCUGGAGAGCUUCCUGAGGAGUCUGAACAGCAGCGAGCCCCUCUUCCUGGGCCAGACAGGGCUGGGCACCACGGAGGAGAUGGGCAAGCUGGCCCUGGAGCCUGGCGAGAACUUCUGCAUGGGAGGGCCCGGCGUGAUCCUGAGCCGCGAGGUGCUCAGGAGAAUGGUGCCGCACAUCGGCAAGUGCCUGCGGGAGAUGUACACCACUCAUGAGGACGUGGAGGUGGGGCGCUGCGUCCGGAGGUUUGCAGGGGUGCAGUGCGUCUGGUCCUAUGAGAUGCAGCAGCUGUUCUAUGAGAACUAUGAACAGAACAAGAAGGGGUACAUUCGAGAUCUCCACAACAGCAAAAUCCACCGAGCCAUCACGCUGCACCCCAACAAAAACCCGCCGUACCAGUACCGGCUGCACAGCUACAUGCUGAGCCGCAAGAUCGCGGAGCUGCGGCAUCGCACCAUCCAGCUGCACCGCGAGAUCGUGCUCAUGAGCCGCUACAGCGGCAGCGAGGCGCGCAAGGAGGACCUGCAGCUGGGCGUGCCGCCCUCCUUCCUGCGCUUCCAACCCCGCCAGCGCGAGGAGAUCCUCGAGUGGGAGUUCCUGACGGGCAAGUACCUGUACUCGGCCGCCGAUGGUCAGCCCCCGCGCCGAGGCAUGGACUCGGCUCAGAGGGAGGCCCUGGACGACAUCGUGAUGCAGGUGAUGGAGAUGAUCAACGCCAACGCCAAGACCAGGGGCCGCAUCAUCGACUUCAAGGAGAUCCAGUACGGCUACCGUCGCGUGAACCCCCUGUACGGGGCCGAGUACAUCCUGGACCUGCUGCUCCUCUACAAGAAGCACAAGGGGAAGAAGAUGACGGUGCCCGUGCGGAGGCAUGCCUAUCUGCAGCAGACCUUCAGCAGGAUCCAGUUUGUGGAGCACGAGGCGCUGGACGCCAAGGAGCUGGCCAGCAGGAUCAACCAGGAGUCCGGCUCCUUGUCCUUCCUCUCCAGCUCCCUGCAGAAGCUGGUGCCCUUCCAGCUGCCCGGCUCUAGGAGCCAGCGACAAGAGCCCAGGGAGCAGAAGAUCAACAUCCUCAUCCCCCUGUCCGGGCGCUUCGACAUGUUCGUGAGGUUCAUGGGAAACUUUGAGAAGACGUGUCUCAUCCCCAACCAGAACGUCAAGCUGGUGGUCCUGCUCUUCAACUCAGACUCCAACCCCGACAAGGCCAAGCAGGUGGAGCUGAUGCGGGACUACCGCAGCAAGUACCCUCGAGCCGACAUGCAGAUCCUGCCCGUGUCCGGGGAGUUCUCGCGCGCCCUGGCCCUGGAGGUGGGGUCUGCCCAGUUCAGCAACGAGUCCCUGCUCUUCUUCUGCGACGUGGACCUAGUGUUCACGGCGGACUUCCUCCAGCGGUGCCGAGCCAACACGGUGCUGGGCCAGCAGAUCUACUUCCCCAUCAUCUUCAGCCAGUACGACCCGAAGAUCGUGUACGGCGGGGAAGCUCCGAGCGACAACCAUUUUGCCUUCACGCAGAAGACGGGCUUCUGGAGAAACUACGGAUUUGGCAUCACCUGCAUCUACAAGGGAGACCUGGUCCGCGUCGGGGGUUUUGAUGUGUCCAUCCAGGGCUGGGGGCUGGAGGACGUGGACCUCUUCAACAAGGUGGUCCAGGCAGGUCUGAAGACGUUCAGGAGCCAGGAAGUGGGGGUGGUCCACGUCCACCACCCGGUCUUCUGUGAUCCCAACCUGGAUCCCAAACAGUACAAGAUGUGCCUGGGCUCCAAAGCCUCAACGUAUGGCUCCACGCAGCAGCUGGCCGAGAUGUGGCUGGAGCGCAACGAGCCCGGCUACAGCAGGAGCGGAGGCAGCAACAACGGCUCGGUGCGGACAGCCUGAAGCCCAGCUUUGCUGGCAAAAUUUUUAAUCGCCUAAUUUAUUUUUCAGAGACGUUUUUUUGUACGAUCAGUUUUUGAGACCCCACCCGAGGAUAUAUUUUACACGGGAUUUUCUUACAAAGGACUUCUUGAGUAUUAAGCUUUUUGAACCACGACGACAACAACAACAAAAUGUGAUCAUGUUUGCCUUCGAACCCCCUCUCCGGCUGGGCAGAACGUAGCAGGCUGCUUUGUCAUGACACGAAACGCGCCAGUGAACGAGGUUUUCACAGUCCCCCCUCCCCCCCCGCUACCGUUCUGCUGGCAGAAAACAAACAUUCCUGCAAAGUAUUAUUGUGACGAGACACUGUAACUGCUAAAUGUUUGGUUGUAACUAUUAACAUUGCACAGAGUCUACCUUUUUGUCUUUUUCUUUAUGACUUUUUUUACAGCCAUCUCAUGAUUCCCCCCCUCAUAACCCCUUGCAAAAUAAGGCAACACAGUCACAGCUGUCUCUUCAGCUUCAGGAAAGCGUCCCAGAGCUGAGUCUUUCCCCAAACCUUUGCCCAUAUAGGCAUUAAACUUCAACAAGAAUUUGGCCUUCUCUCCUUCCCACCCACCCCCCUUCCUCUUAUGUGGUACAAUAGCGAUUUUCAGAUUGGCCCAGAAGAGUGAUUCUAAAAGAUCUAGCAUAUGCAGACUAGAACAGAAACAGAAGCCACCCCAGCGACAGCAUUCGGGGAGCCACAUUUGGUCUUGUCCACUUCGCUGGUGGACCUGACGCCCUCACUCAUAAAUUACUGUCGUCCUUCAUCCUUUGCAUCCGAAAUACCUUUAAUUUAUUUAAUAUCCAUUGUUUAGCAAGUUGCCAUUUCUCAAGUACCUGUUAGCUCUAGUAUUUAUAUGUGUCAGGAGGAUGUUAUGUUUCUGUAGGUUUUAUUUGCAGUAAACUGAUCUCCAAAGAUUUUCUUCUGAGAACCUUCCUCUCCCCCCCCAACCUCACUUAACUUCACAUUCCAUACCAUUUUACUAAAUAUUAAGUGUUCUUUGACAAUUUUGGUGCUCACAUGUUGGGGGGGCGGGGGGCAAAAGCAGAUUGUAUCUUGUCAUCACACCAGAAAGUUUGUUUGAAACUCAUAGAUCAAAUGUGCCUUAAUAUUCUUUUUUUUCAUUUAGACUUUGGACAGUAAUAGACUUGCCAUUUGAACAGACAUCAUUGGAGAUCUGCUUAUUUGUAAAUAGUCUCUUGCUCAUUUGGAAAAAAAAAUAAACCAGUGGACAAUA